AUGGUUGGACGACUAGAUUUUGGAUAUUUAUUAACACCAACUGGUCAACUCAAUAUUGCUGAAAUUGUUUGUUUAAUUGGAGCUUUGAUUAGUGCUGCAUUUACAUCACGUCUAUAUUGUGAAUUAGUUGAUAGUUUAAAAUGGAUUUAUCCUGAAUUAAAUACAUUACUUGUUCGAACUUUACUUCAAUCAUUUGCUAUAUUUUGUCUUGCUAUAACACUUGCAAUUCUUCUGGUACAUAUUUCUGGAAUAAGAUUUUUAGGUCGAAAUUACUUUUAUAUCAAUCAACUUUGUUUACUUUUUAAUAUUUGUAUGGGACUUAUGAUGAUAUUAAUUGGUAUAUGUGCAGCAUUUUGGGAAGAUAAACUAAGACGUACACCUGAUAUUAUUCGACGUGGUUAUUUUCUAAAUAGAUAUCAAUAUAUAUAUGGUGAAACUACACAUCCACGACCAGGUGCAGCAGCAGCUGCUGCAAUUUUUGCUAUUUUGGCUGGUAUUCUAUUUAUUAUUGAAGCUUUUACAAGACCAAUGUUAAAUACGAGUGCAACACGUAUUCCAAGUUAUUAUACGAAACCUAUUGCAUCUCAACAUACUCAAAUAAAGAAUAUGAAUGAUGAACGAAUUAUACCAAUUGAAACAAUAUUCUCAUCAUAUCCAUCAACUCGACUUUAA